GGGGCGCGGGUCCCGGGCCCCGCAGCUGCCGGCGGCCGCGGCGUUGGCGGCGGACCCUGAGGACAAUGCCCGCAGCCCGAGCGAGGCGAAGGCUGGGGCUGGAGAUCCGCGCCGCGGCAGCCCGGGAGGGCGGGGAGGCGGUGGCGGCCGGCUGCAGAGGCGGCUGCUAAUUGCGCGUCCGGCCGGGACACGCGUGGCAUGAGUCCCCGCGGAACGUGCGCCCACCUCCGCGGCCCAUCGCGCUCUCUCCCGCAGCCUCCGCCGGGCGAGGGCUUCCUACUCGCCGCGCGCAGCCCGGCCCUCCCCGCCCUGGCGAGCAUGCCCAGUGCGCCGCCCGCCGCGCCCCGCCCGAACGUCCGCUCCGGGAUUUCCGCGGGGUCGGGAGUGGGCGGGGAAGGGGUGUGGCUAGAUCGGACUGGGCGGGGGGGAGGGCGGAGCAACGGACCGGACUGGCCGCCUGGCCGCCGUGGCGCGAGUCUUGGAACUGGAGAGGCGAGUGCGUGCGCCGGGAGACGGAAGCCAGGGCCUCUCCGGAGUCUGCAGAACGCGCGUGGGCGUCAGGGACGGUCCGGGCUGUGCCCUUCCCGCCGGCUUGCAGCCGUCCCCGAAUCCCCGCCGUGCGCGAUUCUCCGGCCGCACAACCGCAAGGGCAUCUCGAGACCCCGGAAGGCAUCCCAGGCGCGUGUCCGCCCGGUCCCCACGCGCAGCACAGCCGCUGGCUCCGCCCCACCUGGCUGGCUGGCCCUGCACCGCAUUCCCCCGACCGUGCAAACGGGACGAUUCUCGACCUAGUGCGGGCCGAACUGAGCUGAGGUCCCGGCACGACCUACGGGGGCCCUCCCACCUCGCCGACGGCUGGGGCCAAAACCCGGCGAACGGAUGGCGCCCGGACGGCUCGCACGGAGUCAGGGCAUGCUCAGUCGGCCGAGCAGGUUUGGGGCUUGCAAGUGGGAAGGUUUCGCACCGCACACCCACACGCCAGCUCAAAUUACCUCUCCCAGACUCCCGACUCAUUGGUCCCGGGGCCUUAGUCUCACACCCACAAAUGUUUUCCCAUUGGCUGCGGACGAGGUUUUGUCACUUUGGACAGCUUCAUUGGCUGGAAAGUCGCCUCCGCUCGGGAUUGGUUAUUUAUAGAGAUUGAGUGGAGAGGCGGAGGCCCAGAUGCUCUCUCUCCGCCGCUCCCCGCCCCUUUCCUCCCACUGCCCCAGCCCCGAGGAUCCGAAGCUGGAGGGGGAAAGAAGGAAUUUAGGCGGAGAGCUCCCAACUAAAUAUAGUUCCUUUGUUGGUGUUUUGGAGGGUGUCUGAUCUCCGCGCCCAGUCACGAUCGACCCUUUAAAGGGAGCAGCCAGGCUCCACUACAGCUCUUGGUCUGCAGGAAAUCCUAAAGUUUGGAAGUUGACGUUGGCGCGAAGUUCUGCGGUGACUCAUGGCCUCAGCUGCGAGUUAACCUGCUCCAAACUCUUGGCUGUAGCCCCUUAAGUGGGUGACCGCAGCAGUAAGUUCUUGGGUGCAGGACCAGGGGGCACGAGGGCAGGAGCCUGUGCCCAAGUACAGUGGGUGGUGUUCACACUGCCACUGGCUCUGUCAGGUAGUGGAGAAAGGCCGUUCACCGUCUACUAUUGACUCCCUGGAUGUAAUUGUGCUUACGUAAUUCUUCAGUGGAAUAGCUCUUAAAUAAAUUCUAAUAUAGCCAGAUAGAACCUUGCCAACACCCUCCCGUGUUUAACGUCCACGAAGUGUUUUGCAUGUGCUAUCUAAAUUACUCCUCAUGAUAAUUACUGUUAUGCCCAUUUUAAAGAUGAAACUCAGCUCCCAGGUGUUCAGUAGCUUGUCUGAGGGCGGGUUACAACCUAGGUGUUUGCCUGUGGAGCCUGUUCUCUAACCGCUAAAAGUAUUACUUUCCCUCAAGACAAUCUCCAGUUUUUCUUCUCCAGUGGAGCCUAGAGGUGGUUUGAUAAGUUUGACUCUUAAGCAGGUGAGCUCUCUGCCUGAGAGCAUGCUGUUACUGGCCUCUUGCAGCCCCAGGGUCAAGACGACAUCCAUCUGGAUGCUGCUCUAUCUUCUAGACACUGUUCCAAGGAGUCAGGAUUCUGAAGUUACC